UAUUGUUUCCUGGUUUGUUUUUGUUCGGUUUUAGCAGUUCCUAAGUAGUUGGAUAGCAGACUGUUAUUGCAUUCGCCGCAGUCAGCGUUAUAGUGAAACAGCGACUGUAUGAAUAUAACUUAACGUUACCGCACUUAGCGUUAGCUGCUGUUUCAGCCGUUACAUAGUUCCGGAGUAUAACGGCAGUAAAGACCCCAAUGUAACGAGCACAGCAUGAUAAUCUUCGGGACUAUCCAACAGAUCAGGCGCAAAGAAUAAUUUCUAGCCAGUUCUGUUUCCUUAUAUCCGGGCAUGGCAUCGGAGGAGGUCUCGCUGCGUGCCCUGGAGAGUUUAAUGUCCGAGUUCUUUCACAGCUGUACCACCAAUGACCGCAAGAGAGAGAUUGAGGAGCUGUUGAACAACUUUGCUCAGCAGAUGGGAGCAUGGCGGUACUGUCUCCAUUUUCUCUCCAACACUCACAAUGAGUAUGUCAUGAUGUACAGUCUAACAGUGUUUGAGAACCUUAUCAACCAGAUGUGGCUGGGCGUGCCCUCCCAGGACAAGAUGGAGAUCCGCAGCUCCCUGCCCAAGCUGCUGUUGUCGAAGCACAAGGCCCUGCCCUACUUCGUCCGCAAUAAGCUGUGCAAGGUCAUCGUGGAUGUCGGCAGGCAGGACUGGCCCAUGUUCUACCGUGACUUCUUUACUAACAUUCUGCAGAUGAUCCAGUCUCCCACCUUGGCCCCGCUGGGUCUGAUCCUGCUUAAGACCACGUCAGAGGAGCUGGCGUGCCCCCGCGAGGACCUCAGCGCGACCCGCAAGGAGGAGCUGCGCAAGCUGCUGCUGGAGCAGGUGCCCACCGUGCUCAGCCUGCUGACCAGUAUUCUGGAAACAGUCUGGGAUAGACACACUGUUAUGACCGCCACCCCACCCCCUUCACCCACGUCAGGAGAAACUGGAGAGCUUCUGGGCAGUCUGCUCCAGGGUCCUUACCACUCGAAGCUGCUGUCCCAGCCCAUUCCCAUGUUGGACCAGGAAAGCCAGCAGCUCUGCUCCCUGGCACUGGAGUGCCUGGCACACCUCUUCAGCUGGAUCCCCCUCUCCACCAGCAUCACACCUUCACUGCUGACAAUCAUCUUCCACUUUGCCCGCUUUGGCUGCGAUCUCCACAAAGGCAAUACAGAUCUCUCCAACUACUCCUCUGACCCCACUUUUGGGAAGAACACAACACCUGCCUCGGGACCAAUCAAAGGCAGCACUCAGUUGCAGGGUGGCUCCCACGUCGACAGGGCACAGCUUGGAGUGCUGGCCAUGUCCUGCGUCAAUGAGCUCAUGUCCAAGAACUGUGUGCCCCAGGACUUUGAGGGCUACCUCCUCCGCAUGUUCCAGCAGGCCUUCUUCCUUCUUCAGAAGCUCACGCGGGAGAACAGUGGCCACGCCAUCAAGAGUCGGCUGGAGGAGCUUGAUGAAAGUUAUUUGGAGAAGUUCACAGAGUUCCUGCGGCUGUUUGUCAGCAUACAUUUGAGGCGGAUAGAGUCCAACGCACAGUUCCCUGUGGUGGAGUUUCUGGCGCUGCUGUUCAAGUACACUUUCCACCAGCCUACUCAUGAAGGUUACUUCCAUUGUCUUGAUAUUUGGAGCAUCUUCCUGGACUACCUGACCACUAAAAUUAAAAGCAGACUUGCUGACAGAAACAAUGUGUUGAACAGGUAUAAGGACGCCUUGGCUUUGCUCUUGCAUGAGGUUCUGAAUCGCAUCCAGUUUCGACAUAGCCAGGUCCUUCUGGAGGAACUGGACGAUGAGAUCCUGGAUGAUGAUCAACAGACAGAAUGGCAGCAGUACUUGCGUCAGAGUCUGGAGAUUGUUGCCAAGGUGAUGGAGCUGCUGCCCUCUCAUACUUUCUCAGCCCUGUAUCCAGUGCUGCAGGAGAACCUAGAUGUGUACCUGGGCCUGCAGCAGUUCAUUACAACCACAAGCACAGGUCGGAGGCUGAACGUCACAGCGGAGAACGACUGCCAGCAGCUGCACUGUGCACUCCGUGACCUGAGCUCUCUGCUGCAGGCGGUGGGGCGACUGGCCGAGUACUUCAUCGGGGACGUCUUCACCGCCCGCUUCAGUGAUGCGCUCACCGUGGUAGAGAGGCUCGCAGAAGUGAUAUGCUACAGCUCCCAGAUGAGCCUGUAUAACCUGGAGACAGCAUUGCCUUCUGUGCUGAAACCAGAUCUCAUUGAUGUUCAUGCCCAGUCCCUGGCAGCCCUGCAGGCCUACUCCCAUUGGCUGGCUCAGUUCUACAGCGAGAUGCACAGGCAGAAUCAGACCCAUUUCGUCAGCCUCAUCACCUCUGUUAUGGAUGCCAACACCCCCCUCAUCAGUGCCAAGGUCCCAGAGAAGCUACUGUUGCCAGCGUGUCGCCUCCUGGUGUCAAUGGCCACCACAGUGCGGCCUGUGUUCCUGGUGACUCUGCCUGCAGUGCAGAGCCUCUUCAAUCUUGUCACAGACAGCUCUGCUCGCAGGCUCCACCCAGAGGCCCAGGUACUGGUGUGCAGAGCCCUGUCCAACAUGCUCUUGCUGCCCUGGCCCAAUCUGCCGGAGAGUGAGCAGCAGUGGCAUGACCGCUCCACCAACCAUGCCAACCUGCUGGCAGCUCUCACCCGCCACUACCGCCUGCUGAGGGGCAAUGCCAACCCACAGCAUCGUCGCGUGGACCCGGGGGACAUGCUGCACCAGACUCUGCGGCUCCUGAAGGACAUCGUGGACAGCGUCUCGGGGGAGUCCACCAAGUCCCGGCAGAUCUGCUACCGGUCUGUGCAGGAGUCUGUCCAGGUCUCCCUGGCCCUGUUUCCCAUCUUUAUCCAUCAGCCAGAUGUGACGGAUGAGAUGCUGAGUUUCUUCCUCACUCUGUUCCAAAGCCUGAGGGUGCAAAUGGGAGUGCCCUUCUCAGAACAGAUUAUCCACACAUUCCUCAACAUGUUCACCAGGGAGCAGGUUGCGGAGAGUAUCCUACAGGAGGGCAGUGUAGGCUGCCGGGUAGUGGAGAAGUUCCUGAAGAUCCUGCAGGUGGUGGUGCAGGAGCCGGGCCAAGCCUUCAAACCCCUCCUUCCCAGCAUCCUCUCCCUCUGCAUGGAGCAGCUCUACCCUAUUUUGGCAGAGCGCUCAUCCCCAGACGUGAAGGCCGAGUUGUUUGAGCUGCUCUACCAGGUGUUGCAUCACAACUGGAGAUACUUCUUCAAGACGUCAGUGUUGGCCAGCGUGCAGAGGGACAUGCCUGAGGAGCUGAUGGAGAAUGAGGCCCAGUUCAUUGCUAUCAUGCAGGCUUUUGGACAGUCGUUUCUGCAGCCAGACAUUCACAUAUUCAAGCAGAACCUCUCCUAUCUGGAGUCGCUCAACAGCAAGCACAAGCUGUAUCACAAGAAGCUCUUCCUCAGCUCCAUGCUGUUCCACUUCAUCAACGUGCUGCUGCAGGUGCUGGUACACAGGAGCCACGACCUGCUGCAGGAUGAGAUCGCACUGGCUGUGUACAACAUGGCCUCCGUCCACUUCGACAGCUUCUACUCCUCCUUCCUCCCCGAGUUCCUCAACAGCUGCCAGGGCGUUGAUGCCAACCAGCGUGCCAUCUUGGGACGGAACUUCAAAAUGGAGCGGGACCUGCCCUCCUUCACUCAGAGUGUGCACAGACUGGUGAACGACUUGCGCUACUACAGGCUGUGCAAUGGCAGCCUGCCCUCAGGGACCGUCAAGCUAUAGCAGACUGCCCCCUCUGUGCCAUCACUUUAGCACAGGCUUGCUCUCCACCAAACUCCCUACUGCAUUCCCUGCCCCCAAACUUCUUGUCUGACUGCUCUCAUUCAAAGAGAAGAAGGGAGGGAAGGGGAGUUCCAAAGUGAUACCCCUAGAGCUCCAUGUUGUCCACAGGUGUAAGUCGAGCCCCCCCCUUCAGUUUUAUUGGGUUGAAUUUUUCAUUCUCUUUUAUUUUAUUUUAUUU